AUGAGGACUGAGAAUAACUGCCUGGGUUCUUCCCUUAAGGUCUCUCCUCAAGAGAUGGUGCAAGAGAUCCACCAAGUUCUGAUGGACCGUGAAGAUACCUGCCAUCGGACUUGCUUCUCUCUGCAGCUGGAUGGCAAUGUCCUCGAUAACUUUGCUGAGCUGAAAACCAUUGAAGGACUGCAGGAGGGUUCACUGCUGAAAGUGGUGGAAGAGCCAUACACAGUGCGAGAAGCCAGGAUACACGUGCGUCACAUUCGGGACCUUCUGAAGAGUCUUGACCCAUCAGAUGCUUUCAAUGGUGUGGACUGUAACUCCUUGUCCUUCCUGAGUGUCUUCACCGAAGGAGACCUGGGAGACAGUGGAAAGCGGAAGAGGAAAGGUACCGAAAUGGAGCAGAUUGACUGCACCCCUCCUGAACAUAUCCUGCCAGGCAGCAAAGAGAGACCCCUGUGUGCCCUUCAGCCCCAGAACAGAGACUGGAAGCCUUUGCAGUGCCUAAAGGUAUUGACCAUGAGUGGCUGGAACCCUCCGCCUGGCAACAGGAAGAUGCACGGGGACCUCAUGUACCUGUACGUCAUCACGGUGGAGGAUCGGCACGUCAGCAUCACCGCGUCCACCCGGGGCUUCUACCUGAACCAAUCUACUGCAUACAACUUCAAUCCCAAACCUGCAAACCCCAGUUUUCUCAGUCAUUCCUUGGUGGAACUACUGAACCAGAUCAGCCCUACCUUCAAAAAAAACUUCUCAGCUCUGCAGAAAAAACGGGUUCAGCGACACCCCUUCGAAAGGAUAGCCACUCCUUUCCAGGUGUACAGCUGGACGGCUCCGCAGGCAGAGCACGCCAUGGACUGUGUGCGGGCAGAAGACGCUUACACUUCCAGACUGGGCUAUGAAGAGCACAUACCUGGGCAGACCAGAGACUGGAACGAGGAGCUGCAGACCACACGAGAGCUGCCACGCAAGAACCUGCCCGAAAGGCUGCUGAGAGAGCGAGCCAUUUUCAAGGUUCACAGCGACUUCACCGCAGCAGCAACAAGAGGUGCUAUGGCUGUCAUUGAUGGCAACGUCAUGGCCAUCAACCCCAGCGAAGAGACCAAGAUGCAGAUGUUCAUCUGGAACAACAUUUUUUUCAGCCUGGGCUUUGACGUCCGUGACCACUACAAGGACUUUGGCGGAGAUGUUGCUGCUUACGUCGCUCCUACCAAUGAUCUCAACGGUGUGCGGACCUAUAAUGCUGUGGAUGUAGAAGGGCUGUACACGCUGGGGACUGUGGUGGUGGAUUACAGAGGUUACAGGGUGACAGCUCAGUCUAUUAUUCCUGGCAUCUUGGAACGGGAGCAGGAACAGAGCGUCAUCUAUGGGUCAAUAGACUUUGGCAAGACAGUUGUCUCGCACCCCAAGUACCUGGAGCUGCUGGAGAAGACCAGCAGACCACUUAAAAUCCAGAAGCACAAAGUCCUCAACGACAAGAAUGAGGAGGUGGAGCUGUGCUCCUCAGUGGAGUGCAAAGGCAUUAUUGGCAAUGAUGGGCGUCACUACAUCCUGGACCUGCUCCGCACCUUCCCUCCAGACCUAAACUUCCUGCCUGUUGAAGGAGAGGAGAUGCCAGAGGAAUGUAAGAAAAUGGGGUUCCCCAAGCAGCACAGACACAAGCUUUGCUGCCUCCGGCAAGAGCUUGUCGAUGCCUUCGUAGAACACAGGUAUCUGUUAUUCAUGAAGCUGGCGGCGCUGCAGCUGAUGCAGCAGAAAGCCAACAAGCAGGAGAGCUCAGGAGCGCUGGAAAAUGGCUCCUCUCCGGAGAACGGCACUGCAGACAGCGAGAAGUCUGAGUCAGAGGAUGGUAAAAUAGAUGAUAACGUGACUGGACUUGAUCAGGUGAAAGAGCUUGCUGAGACCAUUGCGUCUGAUGAUGGAACAGUGGAUCCCAAAAGCAGAGAAGUGAUUCGAAAUGCUUGCAAGGCUGUGGGCUCCAUUAGUGACACGUCAUUUGACAUUCGGUUUAACCCGGAUAUUUUCUCACCAGGGGUUCGUUUUCCCGAGUCCAGCAAGGAGGAGGUGCAGGAUCAGAAGCAGCUGCUGAAGGAUGCUGCUGCGUUCCUGCUGUCGUGCCAGAUCCCAGGCUUGGUCAAGGACUGCCUGGAUCACACGGUGCUCCCAAUGGAUGGGGCUACCUUGGCUGAGGCCAUGCACCAGCGGGGCAUCAACAUGCGUUACCUGGGCAAAGUGAUCAACUUCAUCACCAAGACCCCUGGCCGUGCUCAGCUGGAUCACAUUUUUAAAAUAGGAAUCAGCGAAUUGAUCACGCGGUCAGCGAAACACAUCUUCAAGACGUACCUCCAGGGCGUGGAGCUGUCGGGUUUGUCAGCAGCCAUCAGCCACUUCCUCAAUUGCUUUUUAAGCUCCUUUCCAAAUCCCAUUGCCCAUCUUCCAGCUGAUGAGCUGGUCUCCAAGAAAAAGAAUAAGAAAAGGAAAAACAGGAACCUUGGAAAUGCUGAUAACACAGCGUGGGCCAGCAUGACCCCUCAGGAGCUCUGGAAGAAUAUCUGUUCAGAAGCAAAGAACUACUUUGAUUUCAGUCUCGAAUGUGAGAAUGCUGACCAAGCAGCUGAAGUGUAUAAUCUACAGAAAAUCACCCUGCUCCGUGAAAUCUCCCUGAAAACUGGAGUCCAAGUAAGAUCCUUAGAGUAUCCUGCUGACAACAGGCACAAGCCCACCUUCACAGAAGAGGAUAUUCUCAACAUCUUCCCUGUAGUGAAGCAUGUAAACCCCAAAGCCUCAGAUGCUUUCCACUUCUUCCAGAGUGGGCAAGCAAAAGUUCAGCAAGGUUUCUUGAAGGAGGGCUGUGAGCUCAUCAAUGAAGCCUUAAACUUGUUCAACAAUGUGUAUGGUGCUAUGCAUGUAGAAAUCUGUGCCUGCCUGAGGCUGCUGGCUCGUCUCAACUACAUCAUGGGGGAUUAUUCAGAGGCCUUAAGCAAUCAGCAGAAAGCGGUGCUAAUGAGCGAGAGGGUCCUGGGCAUCGAACAUCCCAACACCAUUCAAGAAUACAUGCACCUUGCUCUGUACUGCUUCGCAAACAGCCAGCUCUCCACAGCCCUGAACCUGCUGUACCGCGCGCGCUACCUCAUGCUGUUGGUAUUCGGGGAGGAUCACCCAGAAAUGGCACUCUUAGAUAACAACAUUGGCUUGGUGCUCCACGGGGUUAUGGAGUAUGACCUGUCCCUCCGGUUCCUGGAGAACGCGCUGGCCAUCAGCUCCAAGUAUCACGGCUCCAAGUCUUUGAAAGUUGCGCUGAGCCACCACUUGGUAGCCCGUGUGUACGAGAGCAAAGCGGAGUUCCGGUCGGCGCUGCAGCACGAGAAGGAAGGCUACACCAUCUACAAGAACCAGCUUGGAGAACACCAUGAAAAGACCAAAGAGAGCUCUGAGUACUUGAAAUACCUGACUCAGCAGGCAGUCGCUCUUCAACGCACAAUGAACGAGAUCUACAAGAACGGCUCCAAC